CCUCCUCCUCCUCUCUCGGUUGCGAUGGCGAUGGUGACGGCGCGGCAGUUCUUGGCGUCGGCGGCGGAGCUGGGGAGCGGGCGGCGGCGCUGCGGCGGCGGCGGCGCGUGCGACAUGCGGGAGGACGGCGGGGUGGAGGCGCUGAUGCAGUGCCAGCGCGUGAGCGACCUGCUCAUCGCGGCGUCCUUCCUCUCCAUCCCGCUCGAGCUCUUCUACUUCGCCACCUGCGCCGACCUGUCCGAGGUCAAGUGCGCCGUGCUCCACUUCUGCGCCUUCAUCGUCCUCUGCGGCGCCACCCACCUCCUCGCCGCGUUCACGCACGCCCACCCGCACUCCGCCCCGCUGCUCAGGGCGCUCACCGCCGCCAAGGUGCUCGCCGCCGUCGCGUCGUCGGCGGCAGCGGUCUCGCUCCUCACCUUCAUCCCCAAGCUGCUCCGCAUCAAGGUCAGGGAGUCGCUGCUCCGCGACAAGGCCAGCCGCCUCCACCGCGACCUCGGCCUCGUCCGCCGCCGCGAGGAGGCCACCUCCCGCGCCGUGCGGGAGCUCACGGGCCGGAUCCGCGCCUCCCCGCCCGACGCGCACGCCAUCCUCCGCACCACUGCGCUCCAGCUCGCCGACGCCCUCGGCCUCCACGCCUGCGCCGUCUGGAUGCCCGCCGCCGGCCGGCCCCACGACCUCGUCCUGGUGCAUCACCUCACCUCCCGGCCCGACGACGCGGCCGACUUGCUGCUGGAGGUUGGUGACGCGUGCACCGUCGCCGCCGAUGACCCCGACGUGGUCGACGUAAUGGCGAGCAAGGUCGCCAAGGUGCUCGGGCCGGACUCGGCGCUCGCCAUGGCGAGCAGCGUCGGCGCGGCGCCGGCGGGGGCGGUGGCCGCCAUUCGGAUCCCCAUCCUCAGGGUGUCCAUCUACGACGGAGGAGGGACGCCGGAGGUGACCGAGGCGAGCUACGCCAUCCUGGUGCUGCUUCUUCCCCCCCACGACGCCGCCGGCGGGUGGAGCAGCCACGACCUGGAGAUCGUCCAGGUCGUCGCCGACCAGGCCGCCGUCGCGCUCUCCCACGCCGCGGUGCUGGAGGAGUCGCGGUCGAUGCGGGACAGGUUCGCCGAGCAGCACAGAGCGCUGAUGCAGGCCAAGCACCGGGCCGCCAUGGCGACCAGGGCGUUCAGCUCCAUCCAGAGCGCCAUGUGCCACGCCAUGCGAAGGCCCGUGCACUCCGUAGUCGGGCUGGUCUCAAUGCUGCAACAUCCGGAGGCAGACACAAUGCGGCCGGAGCAGAGGCUCGCCGUCGACGCCAUUGCCCGAACAAGCAACCUCUUGUCGGCGCUCAUGGACGAGGUGACCGUGAACCGGCAGCAUUUGUCCGUGCAGAGGAAACCCUUCAGCCUGCACGCGCUGAUCAAGGAGGCCAUCAGCGUCGCCGGCUGCCUGUCUCAUUGCGGGGGAGCUGGGUUCCUGCACCAGCCGGAAUGCGCGCUGCCCGAAUGGGUCGUCGGCGACGAGAGGAGGGUCUUCCACCUGCUGCUUGACAUGGUGGGCACCCUGCUGAACCGAUGCAACACCGGGUCCGGGGCGUGCCGCCUCUCGUUCUCGGUCAGGAUCUGCAAUGUGGGUGAAGAGAGGUAUAGCCUUGACUGGAUCCCGAUGCGACCGACCUUCUCCGGUUGCAACGUUUGCGUCAAGUUCAAGGUCGGGAUCGGGAGAUCUAGGAGUUGUGCUAUUGAGAGGAGUUUGCCGUGCGAAUUGCCUCGUCGUUCUGCGGCCACUACCAGCUCUCAGAUGGGGCAUAUCUUCAGCGGCUACUUCAACAAGAUUGUGCAGAUGAUGAAUGGUAACAUGUGGUCGGCGUCGGACUCCGAGGGCGUCGGAGAGAGCGUCACCCUGAUCCUGCAGUUCAAGCUGCAGCAGGGACAUGUCGAAGCAUCCCCGCCGUACAUCCCUCACUUGAACGGCCUGAGGGUGCUCCUCGCCGACGACGACGCCAUGAACCGGGGGGUGACCAAGAAGAUCCUGGAGAGGCUUGGGUGCCAGGUCAUGUCGGCGCCGUCGGGCGCCCACUGCCUGAGCCUCCUGGCGAGCGCCGAGGCCUCCUUCCAGCUCGUCGUCCUCGACCUCGACGAUCGCGCCGUGCCCUCGGCGGCCAUGGACCGGUUUGAGGUGGCCCUCAGGAUCAGGGAGCUCAGGAACAGCUGCUGGCUGCUGAUCGUCAUUGCCGUCGCGGCUGGCGUCGUCGCCACCGAUGAUGGCGGCGCCGUGCAGGAGCUGUGCCAGCGUGCCGGGAUCAACGGGCUGGUCCAGAAACCGGUCACGCUGCCGGCACUGGGAGCUCAGCUCUGCCGAGUGCUCCAGGACAACUGAUGAUGCUGCCUGCAAUGGAGUGUGUACCGAAAAGAGCAAGGACUGAAAUUGGUAGAUGCAUCAUGCAAUCUACUACCAGGUAGUAGAAGAAAACUGGAAUGUACAGUACCGUAUUGCUGUCUCUUUAUCAUGGUGUUGCAUCUGCCGGCCUUUUGCUUCGUUCAUUUACCGAAUUUGCUGGAUGAUUAUCGAAUUUGUCUGAACAACAUCAUGUAAUUCCGGCCAAGCUGGUGUCUGAAGCCGUGCUAGCAGUCUUUUAGUUAGCACGGCUCUAGACACCAGUUCAUCUCGUGUACUCGAUAAUCAUCUCGUGUACUCAUAUUAUCUUA